AUGAUGGACGCGACCGACGAAUCUCCGGCGCCGAAUACGCGGCCGCCUUGCACGAAAGUUCCGAUCGCACAGCUGUCACCGACUCUCGAACAACCGGAGGAGAAAUGCAUACAUGCGACCGUUACCCUAGUAUGGCCAUACUCGUCUUCAACCAAAUCCCUUGCCUUGCUUCUCGCCGAACCGGACUUCCGUCUACGCCGGCUAAAUGGACAAGUGAAAGCGGUCUUCCAUGGGCGCAUCGCAGAGAAAGUCGCCGGGUCGCUAGUUGGGAUCGGUGAUACUGUUCGCCUUGCGCUGAAAGGCUGUAACUAUGCGGAAAAUGGCCCCGCGGGCCAGACGCCUGGGAGAUCUAUUGCGUGGGAUAUACAUUUCGAUAAUAACGUGUCACUUGAGAUCGAAUCCUCGAAGGGCCAGUCGAAAGUUCACAUAGACGAAACCCCCCUUGCGACGCAUGAGGCCGAAUUGCUGCCACCCUCGACUCCGCGUAUGGUCUCGAUAGACCCGGACAAUGCUUUCGUCGCAAAUGGAACAGGUGCUUGGGGAUCGCCCGCUUUCUUACGCUCAUCGCGAUCCUCGUAUGGCGAGACACUCGAUUCUGCUUACGACCCUUUUACCGAGGAAGAUGGUUUUGUUCGUGGGAAAGGGAGGAAGCGCCCGAGGUACAGCUUGCGCCGAGAGGAAUGGCGGGUUUUAGAUGAACCUGAAAGUCCGCGUGAACGUGAAGACACUGUUGAUUGGGAUCAGGCUCUUGAUGACGACAUGGAUUUGGAACAAGAUACAACCUCAGUCGCCGAUGUUGAACCGAGCGAGAAACCCUCGGAUCAUGUGGUUUCAAUGCCCGAGAAAAUGGUCACUGAUGAGGACCCAUUUAUUGAAAGUUCGGAUGGUUUUGUCAAGCCUCCUCUCGAGCUUGCCGGCGGACUAUUUGGCAGAAGAGCACCACCUUCAAAUAAUGUAUUCGAAAAUACCUCUACCUCUCCUACGCCAGCCGCCCACUUGCCUACUGAUACACCCCAACUACGACCCAUCCCAUCUCCCGGAUUGCCGAUUCCGUCUCCUAUCGUUUCCGAUCAAAAUAGCAGCCAGGGGUAUUUCUCUCCUAUUCACGCCGUCCCGCAAGCCGAAGACGCUCAAUCCUUAUCUGUCGAUGUCAACAUUGACGCUACCAACCAGGGUGUGCCCCACGACUUGGCAAUUCCCAUGGUAAUGGAGAAUGCAGAGAAUAAUGAAUUGCCUUUCAGUCAAGGCGAAUUCACAAUUAAUCAAACUGUCACCAGUCUGCAAGAGCAAGACCAACACUUGCAGAACAACACCGAUAUAUCGAUAUCGACCAACCCGGUGGAGUUACUUGACUCUCUCGCUCCACAGUUUGCCGAUAUCUCGGAGAGGGCCAUUUUCGAUGUCGAUGCGGGGAAUAUUGAGGAAUUCGAUGAAACGGCUGUUACGGGAGAACUGCAGGGCCAUGCCAUGCGCCACCCGAAGGUGGAAGAGGACAUUGGGGCAGCUCCCACAUAUGAAAAAGAAGACAACGGUCCCAGAUCGGUGCCAAUGGCUGAUGCAGUGUUCAAAGGCAUUGGCUCACGAGAUGAGGUCGGUAUUGAAUUGACGCGUGAACGAGGGGUGCAUACCCUUCUCGGUUUUGAAACCCCAGAUCAAAUCUCCAGUGUAACAUCCCCCGAGCGUUCGGAGCGGUAUGAGCCACAGCUCGACGUCGAUGGGGAAAGCAGCGAGAUGCAAUCAGAUGCAGAAUCAGAUGCAGAGGAUGGAAGUCUUGCCGAGGAUGCGGACGACGACGAUGAUGAUAAUGACGGGUCACGCGACGCUUAUUAUGAAGACGAAUACGAAGAUUUCUCUGAGGGGGAGCACUAUGACGAGGAGGAGGAUGAAGAAGAAGAAGAAGAAGAAGAGGAAGAUUUCGAGACGGACAACCUUCCGCCUCGACCGCAGCCCCCUCAUGAAGUAAUAGUGUUAGAUAGUGACAGCGAUGACGAACUUGCUUCUGAUCAAGUCCAUGCACCGCCACCGCCGUCACGUCCAGUGGAUCAAGGACGAAGACCUGACAUGUCAUCACCAGCAGAACGAACCCUCUCAUCGUUGGCCGGGCUGGAUAACGAAGAAGAAUGGUCUGGGAUUGAAGAGGAGGCAGGCUAUGAUGAGAUGGAAAGCGCAGAAUUGGAAGGCGACGAAGACCAAAAUUUUGAUGAGGAUGAUCGAGUUCAUGACAGCGAUCUGAAUGACGAGUCGUCGGUGGACGUAUUGGCCAGAAAAGACUCCGUGUUUCACUCUACAGCCGAACCUUCUGUUGAGUCAGAACAUGAUUACCAGGAAGUCGAUGAGGAAGACUCGGAGGUAGAGGCGGCAGAAGAAAUGGAGGAUUACUCGGAAGCUGAGGCGGAAAAUGAACCCGAAAACGGUUUUGAAAGGGUCGAACGACCACAGCAGAUCAUCGAUCUUGAUUUGAGUUCGGACGAGGAUGAAGAGGCCGAGGAGCAAGUCGAGGAGCAAGUCGAGGAGCAAGUCGAGGAGCAAGUCGAGGAGCAAGUCAAAAAGCAAGUCGAAGAGCAAGUCGAAGAGCAAGUCGAAGAGAUUGAAGAGGAGGCCGAGGAGGAGGCCGAGCGAUUCUCCAUCGACCCUGAAGCUCUCUCUCAACCCAACCAUGGAGAACCCCGUUACGGCAUUGAUGGGACAGAUGAUAAACACGCGCCGCCAUCCUUGGAAAUUCAGGCUGGGGAGUUUCAGCGAGAAUUGGAGAAUAAGGAUUCAAUUGAUGGAAAUCUUGAAUCAGUCUUAAAUACAACAAGCCAACAGCUCCCAACCCCAGAACCUACCCAGGAAUCACUGUCAGCGCCGCCGGGAACCCACGAUACAGGCAUUCCACCCAAUGCUAUACUAGAUUCCUCCGAGCACCAGAUCACAUUACCACCGUCUACUCCACGUCGCUCUUUGCGGUCUAGGCAGCUUAGAGAGGAUGAACAAGUCGCACCCGAUACCCACGAGGCUGAUACGGAAAGGGAUGGCUUAGAAAUUAAGCCACAGACACCCGAACCCCCAAAGGUCCUCGUUACAACACCUCGGGCACCUGACCGCCACCGCCUUGGAUUGCGCAGCAAACUCUCCUACUUCGCUCCCCUGGCUACACUCAUCGAUCAUUACAAUUCUCUCGUGGAUACAAUCUCAAUUGUCCACGAGACGACUCCAAUCGCCAAAGCCGCCUCCGCCUCAAAAGACUUCUUCAUAACCAUCCAGCUCACCGACCCAUCCAUGGCCGGAACAACUCUCCAAGCUCAAAUAUUCCGUCGCCGAAAGUCCGUCAUGCCCUCAAUCGUCCCAGGGAACGCGAUCCUAUUACGCGAUUUCAAAGUUCGUACUUACGAUCACUCCAUCAUGCUUGUCAGCGUCGAGUCUAGUUCCUGGGCUGUAUUCGAUGGCACUGGCCCUCAUGCACAGAUGAAUGGGCCACCCGUUGAAUACGGCGCUGAGGAAAGAGCUUGCGCAUCUGACUUGCGGACAUGGUAUAGUGAUAUCGGCAUAGACAUGCUAGCAGACAGUGAGCUGCAGGCGGCAAUCGAGAGGGACAGCAUGGGGCGGGAGCUAAGUCCUGGCAGCGCGGUGCCCAGUGAAACAGGGAGCUUUGAAUCGGGCUCUCGUGGCCUGCGUCGGUCACGGAAUAGUCACCGGCGAGUAACUAUCCAUGAACUUCGAGACGGUACUCGCUACACCGAAGUGGGUUCUCCCAGCACUAGGGAUAGUAUUCAUGAACUGCGUGACGGGACCGUUUAUGCUACUCGGUGA